CCCCUCCCUCGCUCGCUCCCUGCCCACUCCCGCGGGGACGCUCCGUGGCGCGGCUUCUUCACACUUUAGUUGGGAGCCGCGCGCCGCGCUCAGUUACUGGAGAGCUGGCCGCGCGCCGCCGCCCCCCUCUCGCACGCACGCGGGCCCGGCCUCGGGGGGUUCGGCUUCUACUCCCAGCAGCAGGGAGGAGGGGGAGCCGCGGACACCCUGUGGGGAGGAGGAGGAGGAGGAGGAGGAGGGAGGAAGAGAAAAGCGAGGAGGAGAGGGCGGGGGGCGGGAGGCUCGCCACCUUCAGCCCCCCCGCGAGCGCCCAAGGGCUUUUCUCCACUGGGACUCCACGCAUGGACCCUUCCACCCCAAGGACAGCAGUGUGAGCGAGCACCCUGGGAGUAAAACACAUUUCCUCGAGUGGAUUGGAAGUCAUCACUGCGUUUCUGAAGACAUUUAGCCACAGAUUUAAUUCAAAAUCCUGUUGGUGUGCGCAGCUUGACCAACUCAGCAGCAAGGUGGAUUCUCUUUGUGUUUAAAGAAACAAAAAAAUGUUCCCGUGUCUGUAGAGAUGAUUUGCAGUUCAGCCCGGCUGAAGCUGACCGAAUGAGACUAUGGGCUGUGCCUCCGCCAAGCAUGUUGCUACUGUUCAAAAUGAAGAGGAAGCCCAGAAAGGGAAGAGCUACCAGAACGGAGAUGCAUUUGGCGAUGAGUAUAGGAUCAAACCAGUGGAAGAGGUCAAAUACAUGAAAAAUGGGGCAGAAGAGGAGCAGAAAAUAGCAGUGAGGAACCAAGAAAACUUGGAAAAAAGUGCCAGCUCAAAUGUAAGACUUAAAACUAAUAAAGAGAUUCCGGGAUUAGUUCAUCAACCCAGAGCAAACAUGCACAUCUCUGAAAGCCAACAAGAAUUCUUCAGAAUGCUGGAUGAAAAAAUUGAAAAGGGUCGGGAUUAUUGUUCGGAAGAAGAGGAUAUCACAUAGCACCAAUUCUGCCACUCAAACCAGGAGCUCCUACUGUGUAAAUAGGUUACACCCCAGUUGAAAUCUUUGCAAAGGUCGGUUCUCUUCAAUGAACAACACUAUAGCAAAAGAAGAUCGUUCCAUAUCGUAUGCCCCAUUAAAUUACAGUGUUUCUUAAUGAACUUGCAAAGGAAUAUUGCUAAAAACAAAACAAACAAAAAACUGUUACCGAACUUUCUCUGUUGCUGCUAGUUAAAACUUGUUGCAACUUUUCACUACUCUUGUGUCCAGGUAUGCAGCAAAAUUCUGCAGUUUCACUUUAAACAUACUGUUGGUUUUACAGAGGCUCUCCAACCUAUUUUGUAUAAGAUGAGGUCGUGGUGAACUCAGAUAUCAAACUUCUACUCUAGGCGGUUCCGCUUCUAACACAAGCAUCUCCUGCCCUCUUUCCUUCCUCCCCGUCUCUCCCGAGCGGUCCAGAGACGGACUGAGCCUUGCUUCUCACUGGCAAUGCUGAGCUUUGGAGAUGGGAUGAUUGCUAUGGCAAGCCUUGUUUCUCUGCUCAGAAAAAGUAGAGAAGCUGUUAUCAAUUAAAAGCAUGUUGUGACAUGACUCCUGGAAGUGACAUAGGCGUGAGCAGCAGGUUGUUUCAUUUAAUAGGUAUCUUAAUCAAGGAUUAAGCUUGCAACAUUGGCUUUGCUCAGAUGCAGAUGGAAGUGUGAUCACAAUCAUUUUGAAUCCCUCUUCCUCACUUUUUUUUCUAAAAAAAAAUAAACAUUUUACUGUUUUUAUGUA